AUGGCUACCACUACUUUCUCCUCUAUGAAUUCGGUUCAAAUUUUCAACGAAAAGCAAGGUUUCCUUGAUAAUGUUGAUAAUCUGGAUUUUUUAUUAAAAAAUAAUAAUACUUUCAACUCUGAUAAUCGUUGUGAUUAUGGUGGUGAAAAUUAUGAUACUAUUAUUCGUGUCGGUGAAGAUCCUGAUAUAAAAGAAUUUAAAGCUGGUUCUAUAAUAUUAAACUCUCGUUCCGCUUAUUUUCGAAUCGCUCUUUCUCAUGAAUGGGCAAGAAAAGAUGGUGAUAAAUUUUUUAUCGAAAAACCAAAUGUUACCCCUCAGAUUUUUGAUAUAAUUCUCAGAUAUUUAUAUAUAGGUGUUCUCAAACUGGAUGAUCUUGAUGCUGAGGGUAUUUAUGGUCUAUUUAGCGCUGCUGACGAAUUUAUGCUCGAUGACCUUAUAGAUCAUAUACCUGACAACAUUGGUGAUGGCUUAGAUUUUUGGAUCGAUCAAGAUUGUAUACCUGUUUUAAACACUAUAUUUGGUAUAGACUCUUAUAAAAAACUUCGCCGUCAUUUAGUUAGAAAAAUCAAUUCUAGUCCUCAAUGGUUAUUGGAUAUUCAAGAUUUAACUCCUAUAGAAGAACCUAUUCUUUUAGGUCUUCUUAGUCAAUCAAAUUUGGCUUUUGAUCAUAUUACUCGUUGGAAUCUCAUUAUAAAUUGGGCUUUAUGUAAAAAUCCUUCCCUUAAUAAGGAUAAUGUUAAAAUUUGGUCCGAUGAUGAAUUCGGUUUACUUAAAUUAUCCUUAAAAAAUCUUAUCCCUCUUAUUCAAUUUUCCGAAAUUUCAAGAAAUGACAUUCAUUCAAAAAUUAUGCCCUUUGAAAAAAUUUUACCUCAUAAUAUUGAUAAUACCGCUCUCAAAUGGUAUUUAACAAAAUAUCGUCAUAAACCAAAAAGUCAUCAGGGUCUCAAAAAUUCUAAUCUUAUUAAUCAUGUACAUGCCAUGUAUUUUAAAAAAUGGAUCUCGGAUUUAUCUUCAAAAAAUGUAGAUACUAAACAAAAAUUUAAGUAUAGAUUCGAACUUUUAUUUAGAUCUUCUCAAGAUGGUUUUAAUAAUUAUUCUGAAAAGUGUAAUCAAGCUGGUCAAACUCUUGUUGUGGCUAAAUUAGCUGGUCAAAGGUGUUUGGUUGGUGGUUUUGUUCCUCAUGGUCUACAUACUGAAAAGAAAUCUACUUAUGUACCUGAUGGAAUAAAUGUUCGUGAACAUUUCAUUUUCUUUUUUGAUUAUCGUGAUAAUGCUUCAAAGUCAAUAAAACUUUGUCGCAUGACUAGAUUUGAUGUUUUAUAUCGUCAUUUCUUAUCUGAAGAUGGUCCUUGUUUCGGUGAUUUACGUUUAAUAUUAAGAUAUAAUACUGGUGUUUAUUUCCCUUCUUUUUAUACUCCUUAUUCUUCUAAAAUGUAUUUUGAUAUAGAAGAUUGUGAAAUUUUUAAAGUUGUAAAAGCAACAAAAAAUUUAUCUAAUGACACGUGUCAUCGGUGUCAUAAACCUAUUAAUAAUACCGAUGACUAA